UGCUAAGUGGGAGCCCCUCCCCUUCUCCCAGUGCCCCAAUGCCCAUCCAGCCUUCCAGCAAGGAGGCUGCCGAAGAGAUGGAAGCGGAGGGCGACUCAGCACCCGAGCUGAACGGGGAGGAGGAUGAGAGCGAGGAGGAGCGCAGCGGCAGCCCCACAGAGUCCGAAGAGGAGAGCUCCGAGAUGGACGAUGAGGACUACGAGCGGCGGCGCAGCGAGUGUGUCAGUGAGAUGCUGGACCUGGAGAAGCAGUUCUCGGAGCUGAAAGAGAAGUUGUUCAGGGAGCGGCUGAGUCAGUUGCGGUUGAGGCUGGAGGAAGUGGGGGCUGAGAGAGCCCCCGAGUACACGGAGCCUCUGGGGGGGCUGCAGCAGAGCCUCAAGAUUCGCAUCCAGGUGGCAGGCAUCUACAAAGGCUUCUGCCUCGAUGUGAUCAGGAACAAGUAUGAGUGUGAGCUGCAGGGUGCCAAGCAACACCUGGAGAGCGAGAAGCUGCUGCUCUACGACGCCCUGCAGGGGGAGCUGCAGGGGCGCAUCCAGAGGCUGGAGGAAGACCGCCAGAGCCUGGACAUCAGCUCCGAAUGGUGGGACGACAAGCUGCACCCCCGGGGCAGCGCCACGGCGUGGGACGCCCUGCCGCCCAGCAAGAGGAAGAAGGCACCCCUCGUCUCGGGACCUUACAUCGUCUACAUGCUGCAGGAAAUUGACAUCCUGGAGGACUGGACUGCCAUCAAAAAGCCCCAGGACCAUGACCCCGUUGCUGCGGCCCAGGGGUUCCUCAGAGUGCACGGCACGCUGGCACCACACUGGCUCUUGUUUCCGGCUGCAGACUGGUGGAUCGGCAGACCAUGGUGUCUGCCCAGCGGCUCCCAGGGUUGCAGCCAGGCCACCCUUCUGCGCCACCAGCCUCAACUCCUCUGUCCCCUCCGGGGCCAGUGCAGCUCUGGGCCUGGAGCUGGCCCGCCUAUUUCCCACUCCAGAAGACCAGCCCCCGUCCUCCCUGACAAAAAGACACACCCCACUGAAGCCAGCUGCUUGCUGCCCUGGCACCCCAGCCCCCAUGCUGGAUCCCACCAUGGGGGAGGGGGUGGGGCUCAGAGCCAUAAUUCGUCCUGGCAUGAGGUGGAGGGGAACCAGGCUUCCAGGUGUUCUCAGAGUGCCUGCCAGGUGGCAGGGGCUGGAAUUAAAACCCUCCCUGGGACUCUUGACAUGGCCUGUAUGUCUAAUUUACUUGACAUGGGAAAGUGGGCCCCUGAGGAGUGUCUGAGACCCUGACGUGCUACUUCCUCUCAGACCUGUGGGCAGAGAACCUGAAGGCAAG